GAAGUGCUCGCAGUGUUGUGCGUGCUUGUGCCGGUAGUUGUGCAUAUUCGUGUCCGUUUAUAGACUUGUCAAAAAACCUUGAUGGCAUUUCGAAAAAUUUGGUUACUUCAGUAUCGUACAAAUAGUGUAGUUAGUAUAUAGAAAUUUCUGCUUAUCGAUAGAAAAGCAAUUUUUAUGGCAGGUCGUUUUUUCCGCAAUUGAUCUCCGUCGUUCGACAGUGAAUAUUUCUUUCCGAAUAUGUCUUCUUCGCCCAAAUCGGAAACCGUCACGAGCGAAGUGCAGGGUAGCCAGGAGUCUCAAGACGUUCCAGUCGUUUCUAGCAAUCUUGUCGACAGUCGGGGAUCUUCUGGUAGUAAAAAACGAAAACUUGCUCCCGAAAACACCGAGCUCAUAAGCAAACGAAUCGCCCUCGCCGACACCAGUGCCGGUGGCAAUACCGCGCAAGAUGGCCAGGUUAAGGAUACCAGUGCUCCGUCUGACCUUUCAACAGGCAGCAAUAGGGGGGACGAAUAUGUUCCCGACAGACAGAAGCCUACCAGCAACUCCAAUGUUGUAGCCGAGCACUACAACAUGCUCGAAGAAAAAGGUCUUAGUCAGAGAUCUCAAAGCCGCAUAGUUUACAUGAGAAAUUUCAACAACUGGGUUAAAAGCAUGCUUAUUGGUGAGUACCUGGGCAAAGCGCGUCAAGGGAAAGGACACAGGGUUCCAUUUAAAGUCCUUGACAUGUGUUGUGGAAAAGGCGGAGAUCUUUUGAAAUGGUCAAAGGCUAAUAUCUCGCAUCUUAUUUGCGCUGAUAUAGCAGAAGUUUCGAUCCAACAAUGCCAGAGCCGCUACAAUGACUUAUUGAACAGGAGUUCCAACAACAGAGGAUACGCUCCAGCAUUUACUGCGGAGUUUAUCACGGCAGACUGCACCAAGACAAGACUGAGAGAAAAAUAUAAGGAUGCUAGCUCUCAGCUGGAUUUGGUAAGCUGCCAAUUCGCGUUUCACUACAGUUUUGAGUCGUUGCCACAGGCGGAGUGCAUGCUCAGAAACGCAGGGGAGAGCUUGAGGCCCGGAGCGUAUUUUAUCGGCACCAUUCCUGAUGCUUAUGAGCUAGUGUCUCGAUGGCAGAAAAGCGACUCUGAUAAGAUUGGAAAUGACGUUUACAACAUAGAAUUUUUAUGCAAAGACAAAGUAAAACCACCGUUGUUCGGGGCCAAAUACAAUUUUUAUUUGGAGGGAGUGGUCAACUGUCCGGAAUAUCUCGUGCAUUUGCCAACUCUCACAAAACUUGCUUUGAAGUAUGGACUCGAGCUGGUCAUGUUUGAAAGGUUUGAAAAUUUCUACAAACGCGUAAAGGACGAGGGGAGAUCCCUGCUCGGUAAAGUUCAGGCACUCGAGACAUAUCCGCCGUGUCACGAGGUGCCACUACUUGGUCAGAAUCCCGAUGACUAUCGCCACGCUUCGCAGUACAUGCAGAAUUCAAGCGGACACAGAAAAAUUGGUACUCUCUCACUACCCGAGUGGGAGGCGACCUCACUGUAUGCAGUAUUCGCUUUUCAAAAAAUGAAGACAACGUGGAAUGCCGAAGGAAAACCAGAGUAUGUUAAACUAUAAAAGUAUAUAUGGAUAUAUGCAUAAGCAUAUGUGUAUUCCAUGAGACCUACCGUCAGUGUGACGUUCUUGUAUCGUAGGAACUAUUUUGUUAUGAAAUACGAUAAGAAAAUCAAAAAAAAAAAGUGUCGGUAGCAAAAGAAAACCUUGUUUGAUGGGACAGCCCCCUCUGCGAUUGAGUGAUCACCCCCUCAGUGAAAUAAAUUUUUAAUACGAUAA